AUGUCUGAAGUUUUACUGAAUGACUCAAGUGUGAAACAAGAGUACUUCGAAGAUGAAGAAAACUUGUUGAAAACGGAUGUAUUUGACUCAGUACCGGAGACAUUGUCAGGUGAACUAGCUGAGAUUGGAUUUGACAAUGGAUGUCCGGGUGUUGUUGGUCGUGAUCCUUAUGGUGAUCUAUUUUUAAUGGAUCCCAAUGAUUUGUUAGGAGUCAGAGAAGAGGUGAUUGGAAAUGACGUGAGUAACAGCCCAGAAAGUGUGCCUGUAUGUGAUCCCACAAUAGUAACUGCAGAUGAAUCAAAUGAUACUGCGAAUGAACGCGUUAAUCAACGGCGAAAGAAAACAAAGAAUCGCCAUGUCACUUUAUCCAAACUAGAUAUUGACAAUCGCGAUCCGUCGGACUUAGAUGACAGUAGUCAAGGUACUGGAUGCUCACGGACAAAACUAUCACAUACCUACUCACCAAUCAAACUUGAUUCUGACGCAGUUUUGAACAAUGUGCCUUGUGUUGUAUAUAGCAAUUCGUCUAGUGGGAAAGGCUUCGUGGUGAAUCGCAGGUACUCAGCAUCAAUGGGUCACAAGCAAAUUCAUGUUUGGCAUGGACAACCCCGUUAUAGGCGUCAUUUAACGCUUGGCAGUGGUUCUAAUAUUUCAACACGAUAUCUUCCUCAAAGUCCUCGAAUUAAUAUUGCUAGCGCUAAGCAUGAUACAUUUCCACCUAGUGGAUCAGUUUUUACCGUUCUCAGCCCAAAUGCGAAACAUCAAACAGUCACCUGCCAAACAAACCAACUACCCACUAUUGCUCCUGCCCCGGGAAGUUUAGAAUCUGCAGGAUCUAACGAAAUCAAUUCUGGUAUUUACACUUCUAAUUCUGGCAACAUGCUCCGUACCGUACCCUGUCCGCAUAAGGGUUGUGGCAAGCUUUUUCGUGAUAACUCCGCAAUGCGCAAACACUUACACACGCAUGGUCCACGAGUACAUGUUUGCGCUGAAUGUGGAAAAGCAUUUGUAGAAUCUAGCAAACUGAAAAGGCACCAAUUGGUUCAUACGGGUGAAAAGCCUUUUCAGUGCAAUUUCGAGGGUUGCGGCAAGCGCUUUUCCUUGGAUUUCAAUCUGCGAACACAUGUACGUAUUCAUACCGGUGAUCGCCCCUAUAUAUGUCCAUUUGAAAAUUGUCAUAAACGUUUCGCUCAAUCGACAAAUUUAAAAUCUCAUAUCAUGACUCAUGCCAAAGUUAGAUAUCGUGGCCCACGUAGCUCUACAACAACCUCACAAACUCCUGGAUACUUCUCCGAACUUGAAGAAAUACCGAUUUCUCAGCCGUCAUCAGGGCUAGAAAAUACGAGUGAGUCUAAUAAAACUUAUCAUGCUUCCGAAAUUGAUAGUAGUAACAAUAUACAAAUUAAAAACACAUCUGCAUACAUGGUAGCGUCAUCGAACUCAACCAACUUAAAACCAACUUACAUAAAGCCUUCGCGUGUUUACACUCGUCCAACACCUAUGUCACAGUACGCUGUUCCUGAAUCACCACCUCCACUUGCACUUGAUGAAACCACUCUAUCCGCCGGUUCCAAAUGCGAAAACCGAAGUGAUCCUUUUAUUAUAAUACCGAAAUAUAUUCAGGGUCAACGGAAACGUCAGAAGACCCUCACUAAUCCUAGUGAAGAUGGUAACGACGAAGUAAAUGAUGACGACGAUGAAGGGGUGGUAGAAGAAGAUUGUUUCAUAAAACAGGAUUUUGAUCGUAGUUUUAUUUUAUCAGAUUCAACUAUGGGUCCUGAGUUUUUCGUUGAUUCUGGUCAAGAUGAUCGUGAGAUGAUUUGGCACACUAACGAUUAUUCAUCUUUAGAUCGUUUACAUUUGUCUAAUUCAUUUACAAACUUGAGUCACCAACCGAUUAUUAUGUGCACUCGAGAUCAGCGUCGUAGGGUAAUUCAUCAAAGUACUGCUCUACCGGAUUAUAUAUUAUGUCGUCAACAAACAAUUCCUAUCUUAAGAUUACCUACUCCUACACGUACUGUUGUUUCUAUUGGACGACCGCAACAACCAUCCUGAUCUUUGUCUUUUAAUCUCGAACUUUUUUCAGUCAGUUUUAUUGAGUGCUUUCUUUUAAUGAUCUCAUUCUUUUCUUUCCUACCUAAUAUAGUAAUUUUAAAGUAUUUAACCUGACGAAAGCUAUUUGUAUGCAAUGGACUCUUCAGAUUUCUUUAAUUUUUAAUUAUUUCACC